UCCAAAGAUAGGACAAUCCUUAAUUUGUCCUCAUCAUUCUCUCACCUUUUUGACACUCUCAGAGAUGGGAAGGAGUAUUUGCAGUGCAAAGGAAGGUUUGAAUAGAGGAGCAUGGACAGCUACAGAAGACCAGAUUCUCAUUGACGACAUUCAGGUUCAUGGCCAAGGAAACUGGGGACUCCUUCCCAAACGAGCAGGUCUUAAGAGAACUGGGAAGAGUUGUAGGCUGAGAUGGUUAAAUUAUCUGAGACCAGGUAUUAAAAGAGGAAAUAUCACCCAUGAUGAAGAGGAUCUCAUUAUCAGACUUCACAAGCUUCUUGGAAACAGGUGGUCUUUGAUAGCUGGACGUCUCCCAGGACGAACUGAUAAUGAAAUAAAGAAUUAUUGGAACACCCACAUAAAAAAAAAGCUUCAAAAUGGAAACUCAAAUUUUUCUACUUCUUCAAGUGGUGUUUCACUUAGGCCAUCAACCUUAGCCAGACAAGGCUCAGACUCAGAGCCAGACCCAAAAUCCUCACCAAACACUGGUCCAUGCGUGGUUCAAACCAGAGCAACAAGGUGCAACAAGGUAAUAUUGAGCCAACAAGUCCAACCAUUGAUUAAUGCACAACCUUUUUUGACCCAUGACACGAACGUUAGAUGUGGUUAUGAGAAAAUAAUGGUGUCAACACCUUUUGUUGAUACGGCGGGAAAUGCAAACAAUUGGUUAGAUUUCAUGGCGGAUUUUGACAUGGACGAGAGCUUCUUUUCGAAUCUUUUGAAAAUGGAUAUAUCAGAAUCAUCUUAUCUUGGGAAAAAUGACCAAGAUUGUCAUCCCUUGAAUGUUUCCGAUGAUUCCAAUCAUGGGUCUGAGGAUUUGCAGUCCAUGUCUGCUUUGAAUGGAGAAUGAGUCAGAUUGGCUUUGAAAACUUGUAGAGCACAUGCUGUGAAUAUUUCUCUCUGGUACUGUUCGAAAUGAUUCCUUUUCUCUCAGAGGGGGGUCAAAAAUGUCUACUGUACUGAGGAAAGUCGAUUUUUAAUUGGGUGUUAUUACUCUGAAUAAAGUUAAUAUGAACAAUUCUUAUGUUGUCAUUACUA